CUUUUACCGUUGGACAACGUGACAGCAGGCCACUUUCAGCUAUUACGCAAUCUUAGCAAAGCCCAAAAAUCAAGGUUCAACUAUUGUCAGCUAUCACUUGGUAUGCGGCUUAGAUUCUAAUAGGAAGAGGUACAACUCACUAAAGGAAAGUCUGAGCAUCAGCAAACAUGGGAGACUGGGGAUUUCUCUCGGCAUUAUUAGACAAAGUACAGUCUCACUCCACCGUCAUCGGCAAGAUAUGGAUGAGCGUCCUUUUCAUCUUCAGGAUCUUGGUGCUGGGAGCAGCGGCGGAGAGCGUUUGGGGUGAUGAGCAAUCUAAUUUGGUUUGCAACACGAUGCAACCCGGUUGCGAGAACGUGUGCUACGACUGGCAGUUCCCCAUCUCUCAUAUCCGCUUCUGGGUCUUGCAGAUCAUAUUUGUAUCCACUCCUACUUUGCUGUACCUGGGCCAUGCAGUGCAAGUCAUUCACCAAGAGAAAAAACUCAGGGAGAAGAUACAAAGACUCGGCGAGGGCCACAAGUUGAAGGCCCCCAAAUACACAGAUGAAAGUGGUCACAUCAAAAUUAAAGGAAACCUGCUCGGCAGCUAUCUAACCCAGUUGUUUUUUAAAAUCAUUUUGGAGAUUGCGUUCAUUGUCGGACAGUAUUAUUUAUACGGCUUUGUAAUGAUUGCCAAGUUUUCAUGUUCCCAAUCCCCUUGCCCUUACACUGUAGAAUGUUUCAUGUCUCGUCCAACAGAGAAGACCAUCUUCAUCAUCUUUAUGCUAGUGGUAGCCUGUGUGUCUCUGCUACUGAAUGUCAUAGAGGUGUUUUACCUGCUGUGCACCAGGGUCGGAUGCCGGAGCAGCAAGACACGGACACAUAAUAUCACUUCAGCUAAAAACCCCGCAAGUUUGCCAUCAUCCUGGAUGUCUUCUGAAGUUGCGCUGAAGCAAAACAAAAUGAACCAACAGUACGAGAGCGGGCAGAGUCUUGGAGGAAGCCUGGAUGGGGCGAAAGAAGAAAAACAAUUGAUGGAAGACCAUUCGAUUUAGACUUUAUCUCUGAAAUUUCUCCAAUCUGCCAAGUUUUUAGAGAAACAUAUCUUCAAUUUGAUUUCCAUACCCCUUAGCUUAUGAUCCAUUAUUUACACACUUGAAAAAGAAAGUAUUGGUUUGAUACACCUCAAACGGAGUGUGUUAUUUAAUUAUUUUAUGAUAAUUUUGUGCACAAUGCAUGUUUGACUUUUAAUUGGAUAGUUUUGAUAUAAAUACUUACUGUUAUAUGAUUGUAUAUAUAUAUAUUGUGUGUAAAUAUAUGUAUUAAGAGUCAGUAAGUGACUUGAGCACUGUCUGUUUGUGUGAUGUUGUCAUUUUAUUUGGCCAUAUUUUUUCGUUACAAAGAAACUAAUUUGUGUAAAUGUGUAUUCUGAAUGUAAACUGGUGUCAGUGAUGUUUAGAGAGCAUAAUGACAAUGUCCUUCUUUGAAAUAAAAUUUUUAAAUCAACAGAA